CUGGGCAUCAGCGGUUAGGACGGAUGGGGACCUGCAGCGAUUUGUGAGGAGGAACUAAGAGGCCAUGAUUGACUGGUACAAUGGCACAUCACCCGGCCAGCAGGUGGAUGAGAGCAGCGCUCAGGAGAGGUCAGAGUGUGUGCUGGCUUACAUCCCUGUCGUCUACUACAGUACUCUGUUGUGUGUUGGAGUGCCAGUGAACAUCCUGACGUUGGUGGCUCUUUACCGGCUGGCUGUUCGUACUCAGAAGGCCCUGUAUGUGUAUCUUCUUGCGCUAACUGGCUCGGACAUCCUCAGCCAGCUAUUCAUCAUCUUCGUGGGCUUCCUGUUGGAAACGGCUGUGUUUCACCGAGACGUUCCUGUGCUGCUGCUGAGGUCAGUCAGUAUGAUGGAGUUUUCUGCCAAUCAUGCAUCUAUCUGGGCUACCGUUCCCCUCACGGUGGACCGCUAUGUCGCUUUGUGCCACCCGCUACUUCAUCGGCAGAUCAGUUACCCAGCACGGGCUCGGCGGAUCAUUGCAGUGGUGCUCACAUUAGCGCUGGCAUCCGGCGUGCCGUUCUUCUGGUGGUCAGACAUGUGGAGGGUCAGCCGUGCGCCCAACAGCUUGGAUACCGCCUUGAUUUGGACCCACGUGACUAUUAUUUACUUCCUUCCGUGCUGCAUCUUCCUGGUACUAAACUCUUUGAUCAUCCUGAGGCUCCGGAAGAGACAGCGGCAGCAGAUGUGCCAAGACGAAAGCGGGCAGCAGCUGGCAGUGCCAAGCAAGCUGGGUAAAACCACAGCUAUGCUCCUAGCAGUGACUUCUGUGUUUGCUGUCCUGUGGGCGCCUCGUACCGGAGUGGUGCUCUACCAUCUCUACGUGUCAUCGGUGCACAACGAUUGGCGGCAAACCCUUUAGAGGGGCAGUGAGGGAUGUCCUGUUGUUCCGGGGGGCGCCUUUGCACCCACGCCACCCCC